UCUGUUUCCGACAACUUAUAAGAUAUACAAAAAUCUUUACAGCAAUAUGUCGCCUGAUGUGCUAACUAAUUGCUCCUAUGCAUAUGAUUUUCUUAGGUUCUUACAUUCAUCUCCUACACCUUAUCAUGUUGUAAAUAAUAUUAAAAAUACAUUGAUCAGUGCAGGUUUUGAGGAACUAAAAGAGAGAGAUCCCUUUGAAGAACAAGUAGAACCUGGAAAGAUGUAUUUUAUAACUCGAAAUACUAGUUCUCUUAUCGCCUUUAGCAUUGGCAAAGAAUGGAGGCCUGGAGGGCCAAUUGCGCUUGCAGGAGCACAUACAGAUUCUCCUACAUUAAGGAUCAAACCUAUUUCAAAGAGAAUAUCUGAAAAAUAUCUUCAAGUAGGUGUUGAAACAUAUGGAGGAGGUAUAUGGCAUACAUGGUUUGAUCGAGAUCUUGGUAUGGCGGGUCGUGUGAUGGUAGCAGAAGCUAAUGGUCUUCUUAAACAAUAUCUUGUUGAUAUUGAUGAUCCAGUUUUACGUAUUCCAUCUCUUGCAAUUCAUCUUGAUCGAGAAAUGAAUCAAAAACUAGAAUUUGAUAAGGAAGCUCAGUUAUUACCUAUCUUAGGAGAAAAAUCGUCUAAUGAAGAUUCAAAAAGUGAGGAGAUUCUUAUUAAUGAAUUAUCAAGACAUCACAAAGAUCUUCUUGCUUUAAUUGCUCAAAAAUUAUCUAUAAAUAUUAAUCAAAUUAGAGACUUUGAAAUAAUUUUAAGGGAUACACAGCCUCCUUGUUUUGGCGGUGUUAAUAAAGAAUACAUUUUUUCUGGAAAACUUGAUGAUCAGGAUAUGUGUUUUUGCAUUCUUCAUGGGUUCCUUGAGAGUUUUCAAUGCAAAACAUUAGUAAAUGCCGAUACCUCUAUCAAAAUAAUCUCCUUCUUUGAUCAUGAAGAAAUUGGCUCUAUAAGUGCUCAUGGUGCUCAAUCAACAUUUCUUCCAUUAAUAUUAAGAAGAUUAUUUAAUACACCAAUCGCAAAAAAAUAUGGAGAUUUAUCAAGUUUUGAGCAAUCAAUAGCCAGAAGCCUGCUCGUCUCUGCAGAUAUGUCUCAUGCAGUACACCCAAAUUAUGCAUCAAAACAUGAGUCUAUGCAUAAACCCAAAAUAAAUAAGGGACUUGUAUUAAAAAUCAAUGCUAAUCAGCGAUAUGCAACAGAUGCACCAGGAAUAUUAAUUUUACGUGAAGUUGCAAAAAAGGUCCAAGCUAAUCUUCAACUGUUUGUAACUUCUAAUUCUAUUCCUUCUGGGAGUACUAUUGGUCCUGGAUUAAGUGCAUCUCUUGGAAUAAGAACAAUCGAUGUAGGAAACCCACAAUUAUCUAUGCAUUCCAUCCGUGAAAUGGCAGGAACUGCUGAUAUUAACAAUGCUAUUCUUUUUUUUAAAAGCUAUUUUGAGAAUUAUGCAAGUAUACAAAAACAAAUCAUGGUCGAUUAAAACACGAUAUCCUAGAAGCUACAUUUAAUUCAUUUUCUAGCUUUUU